AAAGAUGGCAGCGAGUGCUGACUGCUGUGACUGCUGUCCUUCGGUUAUAUUGCGAAAAUGGCGCAUUUUGUGAUAUUUUCACACAAAAAUAUAAUUUUAAGUGCAAAUUUGUGUAGUGCUGCAUUGUGAUGGAGUGUUAUUAUACAUGAAUGACAGUGAACUCGUGUGUAAAUAAGACAGCGACUUUCUUCUGGAUAUUGGAUUACACAUAAAAUAAAGUCACAAUGGUAGUGGGCGAAAAUAAGCGCACCGCCAAUAUCAUGGACGGGAUCGAAAACACCGGCGACGUGCGUAUGCACGACCACCGGCUGAGGCUCAAACAAAGAUUUGACAUAGUAAGAAAAUUAGGACAAGGCACGUACGGCAAGGUGCAGCUCGGUAUCAACAAGAAGACCGGUCAGGAAGUGGCCAUUAAGACAAUAAAGAAAUGCAAGAUCGAAUCUGAAGCGGAUCUGAUUCGUAUAAGAAGAGAAGUACAGAUCAUGUCGUCGGUCAGACAUCCAAACAUUGUACAUAUCUAUGAAGUAUUCGAAAACAGUGAAAAAAUGAUCCUAGUGAUGGAAUACUGUUCCGGUGGCGAACUGUACGAUUAUCUCAGUCAGAGGAAAGUGUUACAAGAGGAUGAAGCCCGAAGGCUUUUCAGACAAAUCGCCACUGCGGUGUAUUACUGUCACAUUCACAAAAUCUGUCAUAGAGAUUUGAAAUUAGAAAACGUAUUGUUAGACGAUACUGGAAGCGCUAAGAUCGCGGACUUUGGUUUGUCGAACGUUUUCAAAGAAACGUCUCUGCUGUCCACGUUCUGCGGGUCACCUCUGUACGCGUCUCCUGAAAUCGUCAAAGGAACACCUUAUAUCGGGCCCGAGGUGGAUUGCUGGUCUCUAGGCGUUCUCCUGUACACUCUAGUCUACGGAGCCAUGCCGUUCGAUGGCUCCAACUUCAAGCGGCUGGUCAGGCAAAUCAGUAACGGAGACUAUUACGAGCCCAGGAAUCCUUCGAGUGCCUCGCCCUUAAUCCGCGAUAUGCUGACGGUCGAUCCUUUGAAACGUGCUGACAUCGCCUACAUAUGUGAUCAUCCGUGGGUGAACACUGGCUGCGAGACGUCAUGCCUGGAGAUGGCUGAAGCGCUAGCCGCCGAAACUCCAGUGCGUUUGGAUCUGCUGCUCUCGCUGGCUCCGGCUGCUCCUUCUAACUCCAACUCUGUUAUGGUUCCGGCUGAGGCCGAAAUGGGUCCGGAAGAGAGCUGCACCGACCUGACAAGUUCAACGUCGAUGGCCCUAGAGCCCAGCAAUUCCGCUGAAAAGAGAAUACUUGAAUUAGUUGCAGAGGGCGGUGAAGACGCAAUAAAACCAUCGCCGACAAGAACAAUAGUUUCUGCAGGGGAGAACAAACGGAAAUUGGAGCUCGCCAUGUCGGCUAGUGGACUACAGCGGAAGAAAGAGAGAGUGCCCAGCGCGGCAAGUAUCGCGCCCCCCGGCGGCUCUGUGCCGGAGGAGAGCCCCGAGGCGCAGGACGCGGCCACCACGCCAACACCCCCCGACGAACCACCCCCACUCCUCGCUGACGAGUCGGUACAACCAUCGCUGAAGUCUUCGGCCACCAUGACGAUAACGCCCACACCAGUAGAGCUCAUAAAAGACCUGACCAAGGAGAUCAUCAGGGACGCUCCGAAAGACGAAGAGAAAGACAAGUCUGAGGCGAGGCCACGGGUCGUCAUCAAGAAAAAACCUUCACCGACUAAAACGGUUGAAGAGAAACCCCCGCCGCCUGACACUGUUGAGGAGCUCAAGUUAGCGGAACAAGAGGAGCCGAAGUCAAACGCAGUAGCGUCGGCGGCCGACAAACUCACUUCUCUGAGCAUCGCGCAGCAACCUGCGAACCAAGCUCCCGCCAAACCUAAGAAACUCUCAAUACCAGGUGGAAAUGUCGGUAACUUCAAAGAACAAUUCGAGAAACGGGCGAAUUCUGUAUCAAAGCCAGUGGUAUCGAAGAUCGCCAAGCCCAAAGCUCAAAGCGAAGACCGCGAGCUUUCGAACAAAACUUCAGACAACGGCACUGUUCGACUGCAACAGAUCGGAAUUGAACCUGCACCGUCUCCGAUCGAGCUGGAAAUGAACCGGGGCGGCGUGAAGAAAACAGAGAGCGAACCGACGCACGGCGCGGCCGCGGUCGACCCCUCUGUGCUCCUCAGCGACGCUAGACGAAGUCUCCAGAAUUCCAUGGCGAAGCUUGUGGAAGAGAAAACAGGAGAGGAGAGUCGUCGUCGGGCUGCGCGCGAUAUUAUAUCGUCCGCCAUCCGCACAGGCAAGCCUCCGGUGCCUUACGGGCGCUCGUCGUCGGCGGGCGUGGCGUCGCUGGUGUCGCCGCCCGGCACUCCGCCCGCCGCCGCCGCUCCCGCGCGCCUCUUCCGCACCGAGGCGCACCACCAGGUCGAAGACCAUCGCAACAGGGGUGUAUCGGUGGAACGUAUUAUCCCGAUUCAAGUGUCGCCGGACGAGCCUCCUACCUCUCCACCCCCCGCCCCGCCCGCGCACCACACACCUCACACCCCCUCUACGCCGUCGGCCCCCACCACACCCUCUGCCCCACGUCCCGCACCACGAGCUACCACUCCUCAAACACCACUCAGGCGACUAGCAUCAACCGAGUCCAACGUGAGCGAGGCCUGUUCGAGUCCAGGCGAGCCCAUCAAGAAGUCAGCCCGGGAGUUCAUCAUCCCCAUCGCGGUCGAGGGCAAGGGAUACGUGACCCCGCGACAACGGAGCCUCGAACCGGAACAGUCGCAGACCCGACUGCCGCGGAACACCAAGACGCGCAGGCUCGGGAGCCUAGUGAGCGGCGGCGAGUCUGAGGAGGAGGACGAGUCCCACAUGCAUCGCCUGCGACCCAGCCGAGCCGCGCGGGCCGAGUCCGUCAGCUCUGGGGAGGAGGACGAGGAGGACGAGGGCUUCCAUCUCCUCACCGCCGAGAACCUCUUCUCUACCCUACUGCACAGGGUACGUGCCCUCACCCAGCGCUUGAACGGCGAGGAGGGUCCCGGCUUCCCGCAGCACACACACUCACUCUUCAAUAACUUGCAUCAGUCGCCGUUCUUCAACAGCCCCCACUUACCAAGGCGAAAUUUGUUCACUCAUAGACAUGUGGAAAGUAAAAGGAGUGUAUCAGAAACACGGGAAGGCUGGGGCGCUCGGGACCUCCACGCCGACUUCGACUCCAUGUUCAACAAGUCCCGGCAGUCGAUGCCGCGAGGUAGCACUAAGAAGUCCAACAAACACCGAACGAAGGCUCCCCAAAACGAAGAAACGACCGAAGAGAGCGGCUUAGACCUUUCGGACCUCGACUUGAGCUCGAUUGAGUUUUCGGAAAAGGAGAUGCGCGCGCUGUCCGGUCUCACGCCGGCGCUGUCCCGCCGUCUGCAGCGGCAACUGCUCGCCCACCUGCCGCCCGCCGCCGCGCGCUCCCUCCGCCGCACGCUCUCUCUGUCCGCACCCGCCGCGCCCGCCGCGCCGCCCACGUACGCGCGCAGCCACUCCGCCGCCGAACACGAUUCCGAGACGCGACCUCCACCAGAACCAGAACCCGAACCCGAACUAGGGGAGAAGCCGGCGGACGUCGCGCGGCCCCAGUCCUCGACGUUACCGCGGCCGCGACGGCGCUCCGUGUCGCGCGAGCCCACUCCGACCAGCCCUCCCGUCGCCGACCCGGAGCCGGACUCGGGCCGCCGCGACCGCCCGCUCCUCAGCAAGUACCUGUCAUUGGACGAACCUUACGCGUCGGACGGCUGCAGCAUUCUGUCGGAUCCGAGCUACGUGGCGGCGUACGGGCCGGCUCCGCGCCGACACUCACUCCGCCUCACUGGAGACCAGCCCCGGAAGCGAUACUCUAGAUUCUUACGUUCUGAUUUUUUCGAUUCGCCGGCGGACGAGAGCGUUUACGUUAAACAUAAAAAAGAGAAAGAAAUGGAGACCCAAAAAAUACUUCGAGAAAUUCGAGAAAAGAGGAGAUCGCAAGAGGUGACGUCCCCGAAAGAAGGGUACGAUUUACCAGAGGCCUCUCUUUUGUCGCGAGAAGAUUCCCUCGGGUCCCGAAAAAGUCUUUCACCUAUUAGCGUGCUGUCAAACAAAGACCGCAGUAGGUCCGCAACUCCAUUCUUCCCCAUCCUGGACAACAUUAAGGAAACCGCCGCCGACGCAUCGUUAACAUCGAGAACGCAAAUUCCGGGUGACCCUAAGCAAAAACCUCGUUUUGAUGAAACUUCAAUUAGUAAAGAAUCGAGACUGACGAGACCCAAGAGCUAUCCCAUCAAAACAUUAGACUCGAUUGAUGAGCCAGAUGAACAUAAGGUAUCGGAGAACAUAGCUAACAAACAGAAUGAAAGUGUAGAUCGAACCGCUUCUAAAGAAUCUAAACUUAUCAGACCAAAGAGCUACCCCGCCGGCAGCCCGUCUCCCGAGAAAGUGUACAUUAGUCGUAAUUUGAAAAAAGACGAAACGAAAACUGUGAAGGACGAAGCACCUGCUGAUUUGAAAUCUGAUGUGGAAGUCAGUUUUAGUAUAACUUUGCCUAAAAAGGUAAAAACUGAUCCUUCGACAAAGACAGAAUCGGUCAGUAACAAACCUUUAGAAAUGAACGUUAACACUGAUGGUAAAGGGGCCACAACAGACGCGGCAAGUAGCCUGAUUAUAAAGAAGUAUCAGGUAGUCAAGGAAGAUAACGUUAUUAAUCCUGAAAGUAAUGAUAAAAAAGUGAAAAAUGGCACUAUUGUACCCAACGCCAGUUCAAAUGAAGUUGCCGUUAAAUUAGAAGAUAUAAUCAAAAAUAAAUCAUCGACCAAUGUCCAAAAGGGGGACUCUAAUAAAUCGAUUGAAAGUGAUUCCGGUGAAAAGAAAACUACCACGAAGAAAAAGAUAAUACGGAAAGUUUCUUCGAAAACAAAGACUGAUAUUGCAAACAGCCAAGACACGGGUGAAGCUAAAACGACUACCGAAAAGAAAAAAGUUACCAAAAAAGUAAAAGAAAAAUCUGAUGAGGAUUCCGUGAAAACCACUAUUCCUAAGAAAAAAUCUGUUCUGCAAUCAAUAGGUCAUAAACUAGAGAAACUGACCACAAACAAAUCUAGUUCUCCCGAGAAAACGGCGGACACCACUACAGCCAGUGAUAAAUUAAAUCGUACAAAAUUAAGUAGAUUGCAACGAGAGCAGUCUGUGCCCGUGAGUGCCGAGCCUCCCAAUGAAUCCAACCUCAUUAAAAGAGCAGUUACUUUGACCGAUGUAGCGACUUUAGACAGUCCAAAUACAAAUAACAAAACGACAGUUUCCAAAGUUUUGGGACUGUUUAAAAAGUUCGAAUCCAAAGAUAAAACAAAACUUUUGGAAUCAUCGCAAAACAAAAAGUUGUUCGAAAUUGAUGAAAACGGUCACAAUAACGACUCAUUGAGUUCAACAGUCUCUGAAGCUAUCGACAAACCGCGCCGGCCGACUUCCUUACUUCUGAACGGUCUGGGUCGCAAGAAUAAAUAUGUUCGAACGUCCAGCGACAGUGUUACUGCGCUGCCAACCGAAGACGACGAUCAAACUGUACUUAAAAAAGAAUACGACCCCAAACACAGAAACAGUUUAAAAUUAGAUUUCUCCAGAUUGCCAAGAGUUAAAAAAAUAGUUCCUACCAAUCCUGUGAUAGAACCGCAAAUAAUCAAUUUUUCCUCGAACGACAACGAAACUGAGAAAAAGGACGCACAUACGAAAUACAACCUUCUCAACAAAGAGAUUAGCACAAACGUUGACAACGCCAACACACUGAGCCGCAGUCGAUCGAGAAGCAGGUCAACGGUUUCAAACUCUGAUAUUAAAUCUGACAAUAGCGGCGAUAUUAAAUCGAUAUCCAAAAAUCCAGCAUCGCCCUCCGACAAUAACACAUCUUCUGUCCAUCCGCUGCGUAGUACGGAAUCUGUAACGCCAGAAACCGAGGACAUCGUCGAUAGAAUACGACGAAAGAGUUUUUAUUCUAGAUUCAACGAAAAGAAGCAACGACGAAAAAGUAGUUUGGUCGGGCCCGGAGCCACCGAGUACGAUCCGAUCGCUCGGAUACACGCCGCCCCAUCCGACAACAAGUACGACGCGUCGCCCUCCUCCCCGGCCGGCUACGAUAUAUCCCCGGGACUCUCCAUAUCAUCAGAUCUAUCUCCCUCCACGGACCGGUACAGAUCGCUUCUCAGCGAAAUGCCCGUCAGUCCUAGGAGUAGCCGAUUUGAUAGUAGCGGACUUAAUGAUAAUAAAAUUGAUACGUACAGAUCUCUCGACCGUAACGACUUUCGGAAAUAUCCGAGCAGUCGAAGUUACUUAGACUACGAACAGCCGCUGUCGUUUGGAGCUUCUAGAUAUUCCAGGACGAAAUCGUUAUUGGAGAACUCGGAGGGACCAGACGAUGCCGCGCUCGCGCACUCGAUCAGAGAUCCGCAUAAAUACAACAGAACCCUGUCCAUGUACUCGCCCGGCAACUAUGCUACAUAUCGGCCCAUGAGGACGCGUAAUCCCGCGAUCAUGUUGAAAGAGAGCGAAAAAGAACCGAGCCCCGAAAACAUACUGGAUAAAAUAAGACAGAGGAAAAAGAUUUCGAUCAGUGUGACCAGAAAACCCGACGAAAAGGAAACACUACCAAGAUCCAUUGUCCCAUCUAAAGGCGAAGGCGACGGUGCAGAAUGCUCUGAGAAAGUUGGCUGAGAGGAACUAUUGAUUAUAACGAAAAGUAAUUUGAUUUUUCGAGUUACUCAGCAUUUGUUAGGAUUCACUAAAAUAAACACGAAACAAACCUUGUUCUUUUGAUCAUGAAGCCCAUAGAGGUAGUUUGACUGUAUCUAUUGUAAUCUUGCCAAAACCUAGAUCUUAGACAAAACAAAUUAAUAAUAGUCUCGUCACCGAAUCGAUGCUUACCAUAAGACUGCAAGUCUGGAAGCAAAAGUAUUGUUUAGAAUCUCAACUGGAAUUUAAUAGGAUUUGAAAGUAUCUGAGAUUUUUUAUUAUGAAAUCUCACGAUUAGAAUGUAGCACGCGCAUAUUAAUUUACGACGAAUGUAGAAUUAAUCAAUUAUCUUUGUAAGCUUACUGACGCUAACUCGGGCUUGUUUCGAUAGCUUUUUAAGCUGGACAAGUUUUUGUAAUGACAAAGUAAAUGUAAUAUUUUGCCGAGUGAACUUUUUUAGGUGUUUAUUGUAUAUUGAUUCUUACGUGCCUUUAUGAAACAUAAGUGACUGGAUUUGUUAUAGUCCGCAUUACAUGGAAAGAGACAGAGUGACACAAUUUUAGUGUUUGCACAAAUACGUAUUACUCAAUUUUUUUUAUUAUUAUUAUAAUUUUUCAUAGUUGUAUUAUUAUUGUGUAUUUACAUUUUUUUUAUGCGACAAUUCAAUUUUAAGUUUGAACGUUUAUCUUAAUUUAAAGUAUUGAAUGCUAAGUCAGAUCGUAACAGUAAUCGAAUAGAAAGGUGCUUAGAUUUCGUUAGGUUUAACUAUUUGUAGUACUGACUCGUUAUAGACUCACACAAGGUAUGUAUAGGAUUGCGUUUGUCUACACUUUUAGCUAACUACGCCGUAUUCGUUUCUCACGACCAGUAUUCUGUAUACAAAAUUGUAUAAGCGAAUAUAUUUUUGCCUUUUCUGAAUAUCACAAAGAAAAGCCUAACAAAAAAACCUUAGUGAUUUUAAAAAAAGCAAUGUUUUAUGAAUUUGUCGUUUAUUUUGACUUAUUUAUUACAUUUUUUUAGAAUUCAAAUUAUUUAUUGGUGUGUAAUGAUUUUAAUAUUUGUCUGUUAGUUCACACGUGACGUGAUGACGAUGUAUGUUAAAUAUUCAUUACACACGUUUUGUAUUGAAUGUGAAUAAUAAAUUAUAUAGUUGCGAA